AUGUGGGCGGCUCAAGCCCGGAGCCCUCAGAGCCCGGCCUGGGGCUCGGCCUGCGGGGCCGGGGGUGCCGGGGCUGCGUGGGCCGGGCCGGGGCCGCGGCCGCGCUUCCUCCGAUUGUUCUGCUCGCCGGAGCGGGGCGGGGACACGACAGGGACACAGCGGGGACACAGCGGGGACAGCGACCCCCGAGAGCUGCGUGCGGGCAUCGCCCCCAGCCCCAAGCAGCUCCGGCGGGACAGCGCGGCCGGGCCGGGGCGGCGCCGGGCGGGCGGGGGGGCUGGGCCCGGCGGGCGGGCGCUCGGCGAACCCGCAGCGAUCCCUCAGAGAUCCCGCAGCGAUCCCUCAGAGAUCCCGCAGCGAUCCCCGCGGCUCGCAGCGCGGCCGGCACCGCACGGAGCGGCCGCUUCGCCUCGCCUCGCGUCGCUCGCCGUCGGUGCCGUGUGCGCGCAGCGGCGGCGGCGGCGCCGGGCGGGCCCCGACGGGACGGGGCUGCGGGGGAUGCGCGGAGCAGCACGGCCCGCGGCGGGCCCCGGUGGCCGCCCCCCGAACCCCGCUGCCCGCGGGCGGGCGCCGGGGACGGCCCGAGCCCGGCUCGGGGGGGGCCGCGCCGCCGCCCCCUGA